CUCUGUCCAGAAAAGGAAAGAAAAUAAAGGGGAAAAAAAACACAGGCUCUUCGAUUGUAUGCGCAUGUUGAAUUCCCAUGCGCUCACGCGGCGCACGUUAGCACUAAAAAAACAAACUUCUCUUUGUCUUCUCCGUUUGUGAUUUCCCCGCGAGACCAGAAACACACCAAUUCCAUUUCCAUUCUCCAAACUUCCAUUACUUCCACCGAUCACUCCAAAUAUGGCUCCAGCCACCAUCAUGGCGGGGGCUCGGCGUCUUGUCAGCUCCCGCCGCCGAACCGAGGCACCUCGACGGCGUCCGUCGCCUUCCACGCCACCGAAGAAGCUGAGACCAAUGUCUGAGAUAAUGGCGCGUGCGAAAUACGCUGUGGUGGAGCGAGCUGACUACAGUGACAUCAUCUGCGAACAAUGCGGCUCCGGUGAACGUCCCGGAGAGCUCCUCCUUUGUGAUAAAUGCGAUAAAGGCUUCCACAUGAGAUGCCUUAGACCAAUCGUGGUUCGUAUUCCUAUUGGAUCCUGGCUUUGCCCCAAAUGCUCUGGCCAUAGGCGAGUAAGAACUUUUUCGCAGAAAAGGAUAAUUGAUUUCUUCAAGAUUCAGAAGAGUGGUGAUGGGAAAAAGAAAUGCAAUUUGAGUCAAGAUACUAGAAAGCGUCGCCGGCGUCCUUUGGUGUUGCUAAAGAAAAGAAGGAGACUGUUGCCAUUUAUACCAUCUGAAGAUCCUAACCAACGUUUGAAACAAAUGGGCUCCCUUGCUUCUGCUUUAACAGCAAUGCAGAUGGAAUUCAGUGAUGAUCUAACCUACUCUUCUGAUAUGGCCCCUAGAUCUGCCAAUCAGGCCAAGUUUGAAAAUGGUGGCAUGCAGGUUCUUUCGAGGGAAGAUAUGGAGACCUUGGAACUCUGCAGAUCUAUGAGUAGGAGAGGCGAAUGUCCUCCCUUUAUAGUAGUUUUUGAUUCAUGUGAAGGGUACCUUUAUCAUGAGAUAAUUUGUACUGCUGCAGUUAUGUUACUUAACUGCCUAUUUAGUAUUUUUAUUUUAAUCAUGUGGUGCAGUUAUACGGUAGAAGCAGAUGCACAGAUAAAGGACAUGACUUUCAUUGCAGAAUACACAGGGGAUGUCGAUUACAUUAAGAACCGUGAAAAUGAUGACUGUGAUAGCAUGAUGACCCUUCUUUUAGCAACAAACCCAUCUGAAAGUCUUGUAAUCUGCCCUGAUAAAUGUGGAAACAUUGCUCGCUUUAUCAAUGGCAUUAAUAAUCAUACACCGGAAGGUAAGAAGAAACAGAACUGUAAAUGUGUGAGGUACAGUGUAAAUGGUGAAUGUCGGGUCCUUCUGGUUGCCACACGUGAUAUUGCUAAGGGAGAGAGGCUUUAUUAUGAUUAUAAUGGGUAUGAGCAUGAAUACCCUACUCACCAUUUUGUCUGACUAUCCUACAGAGUACUGAAGUUACUAACAACCCUCUACCAAGCUGGAAUGCAAUUUUGGAUCCUCAUACAUCUUCACCCAUUUUUCCUUUUCGUUUCACGGCAUAGUCAUCGUUGGCGCAGAGUGAAGAAAUUUCUUCUAAUUUAUGCAUUGCA